AAAGGAACAAUUAAUGAAGCCGAUUACCUGAGCCGUCAUCCUACCACCAUUCAACGAAAAACUACAAUCGAAGAAAAGAUUGCAGAUAAUUAUGUGAACUACAUCAUUAACAAUGCUGUACCAAAGUCAAUGACACUUCAAGAAAUCAAGGAAGCCACCUUGUCGGACACCAUUCUAAAGAAAGUUUUAGAAUGCUUGAAAUCGGGGAAAUGGGAGGAGGAUGUGGAACUGAAAGCUUACCAAAUGUGCGCGGAAGAACUAACAGCAACGAAAACAGGAGACCUUCUUCUCAAGGGCAGCAGAAUUGUUAUACCAAAAGCGCUACAAGACCGUGCGACGCAACUCGGACAUGUCGGACACCAAGGAAUAGAAAAGACUAAGGCGUUAUUGAGAGAAAAAAUAUGGUAUCCUGGGAUGGAUGGUAAAGUAAAGAUCCUCGUUGAAAACUGUGUUGCCUGCCAAGCUGUUGGUCCAAGUAAUCCUCCUGAACCUAUGAGAAUCACUCCUACAGCGACGGAGCCAUGGCAAAGCUUAGCAAUCGAUUUUUAUGGCCCUAUACCACACAGUGGACAAUACUUACUUGUCGUGACUGACACAUACUCUAAGUUUCCAGAAGUACAAAUUGUUACGUCAACUUCAGCGAAAGCCUGCAUUCCGAAGUUAGACUGCAUAUUUGCAACUCAUGGUAUACCGAAAAAGAUUAAAACUGAUAAUGGACCACCUUUUAAUGGAGAUGAUUUUAAAAGAUACAUGGCUGCCUUAGGAAUUGAGUGGAAAACAAGCACUCCGUUGUGGCCCCAAGGUAAUGGAAAUGCCGAAAGCGUGAUGAAGCCGUUAGGAAAAGUGAUAAAAACUUCUAUGUUAGAGGGAAAGAAUUGGAGACAAGAACUUCAAAGAUUUCUAUUAAAUUACCGCUCAACACCGCAUGCCACCACAAAGAUACCUCCAUGUGAACUAUUAUUUAAUCGAAAGGUGCAAGGAAGUCUACCCGAGCUGUCAACACAAAAUGUUGUAAACAAGCACCAAAAGGCCAAGGAAAACAUUGACAAGAAGAAGAUCAGUAAUAAGCAGUACUACGAUGCCAAGAAAAAUACCAAAACAUCCAAGAUCAAGGAAGGGGACAUUGUUAUCUGUAAACAGAAACCAAGCAACAAGUUAUCUCCAAGAUUCAAUCCCGAGCGAUUUACGAUCGUGGAGAGGAAAGGCGCAACAGCUACGGCACGAAAUGGCAGACGCACCAUCACCCGUAAUGUGACUCAUUUCAAAGUAGUCAAACCUGCAGACGAACAAAGUAGUGAUGAAGAGAAGUCAACUACCGUGGAAGAUGUACAGGACAGCAGGGUCGGAGAUGAUAUGCAGGACUUUAUAGAAGAAAGUCACCCGAUAUCAAGAAGAUCAACGAGAAAUCAACGACCUGUAAAUAGAUUUGGUCACUCAAUACCAUCGGGACUUAUUUCAUAG